GAAAGAUCUGGCAACAUGAAAAGACCUAAAUUGAUCAGUCGACAGAGCGGGUUUAGCUUCUUGGAGCGUUUUGCCUUUUAACUGGCUAUCAGGGAAGCCCACUCUGUGAAAAAAUGGGGGUGAAAGAUCGCCCUCAGUGCUAUUUUGAUGUGGAAAUCAACAGAGAACCAGUUGGACGAAUUGUCUUUCAGCUGUUCUCCGAUAUUUGUCCCAAGACAAGUAAAAAUUUCCUUUGCCUGUGCACUGGCGAGAAAGGCAGUGGCAAAGCUACAGGGAAAAAAUUAUGCUAUAAAGGUUCAACUUUUCAUCGAGUUGUAAAGAACUUCAUGAUCCAGGGGGGCGAUUUCACUGAGGGCAAUGGAAGAGGGGGAGAAUCUAUAUUUGGUGGUUUCUUUGAAGAUGAGAACUUUACUCUCAAACAUGACAGAGCCUUCCUCUUGUCGAUGGCCAACCGUGGCAAAGACACAAAUGGCUCCCAGUUCUUCAUAACUACAAAGACAGCGCCUCACCUAGAUGGAGUGCAUGUGGUCUUCGGGUUGGUCAUCUCUGGCUUUGAGGUCAUAAAGAACAUUGAGGGGCUGAAGACUGACUCAGCCAGCAGACCGUAUGCUGAUGUCAGAGUGAUUGACUGUGGACAGCUGAUUACAAAGUCUGCAAACGACGUUCUUCAAGGCAAACUGAAAAAAGCAUUCUAUUCUGAGGAUGACUCUCAGAGUUCCUCUGAGUCUUUAUCUGAGUAUUCCUCAUCAGAAGAAAAGCCUACAUCUCGAAAGAGGAAAAGAAGCUCAAAGAGUAAGCAUGCAAAAAGAAGCAGAAGAGAGGCAAAGAAGGACAGAGAGGCUGUUAAAGCUGUAGGACCUUUAAGUCAUGCUGAGGGCGAGAUGGCAGAGGAAAAUGAUGGUGAAGCUGAACAGAAUGUGAAAAGGGAGAAGCCUGUGGUUCGACCAGAAGAGAUCCCACCUGUGCCAGAAAACCGUUUCCUGCUCCGCAGAGACAUGCCUACCCAGGAGGAGGCAAUAAAAAUCGAUGUACAGGACUCAGACAUUGCACCAAAUGACACCAAACCAGCUGUCACAAAAUCUGGGCGCAAGAUCAAAGGCCGCGGUACUAUGAGAUACCAUACACCCCCUCGGUCAAAGUCCCGUUCAGAGUCGGAAUGUGAACGGGGAAGCAGUGAGACUCCCCCACACUGGAAAGAGGAAAUGCAGAGGACCAAGGCUUACCAGCCCCCCAGUGUGGAGAGAUGGAGUAAAGAAGAAAGAUGGGAUGACAGAAGUGACACUCCAAGGUCCAGGUCAGGAUCCAGAGAGCGUUCCUUGGGUGAGGCCUCUGUGUACUCAAGCCAACAUCAAUCUAGAAAAGAAAAAAAGAAAGCCAAACAAAAGAAGAAAUCUAAGAAACGAAGGCAUGCUAAAAAACAUAAAAAGAGCAAGACCAAGGAAACUUCCCUGACUGAUGGUGAGAUGUCUGGGUCCUCAGGUAAGAGGACAAAACACUCAAGCCGAGCUGAAAGGAGACGUUCUCGUUCUUAUUCUCGCUCAUCCUCCCGUCACUCACAUAGAUCGUAUAAAUCGGAGUCAGAAAGGAGACAUUACUUAUCAAGCUCUUCUAGAGAUUCACGAUCUUAUUCGAAAUCUAGGAGCAGAUCCUAUUCUAGAAGUCACUCAAGGUCUGAGAGACGGGCUCGAUCAUCCAAGAGGUCAAGUCGUAGCCGAUCAGGGCGGACUGUUACACAUUCUAGGUCACUGUCUCGUUCUAGAUCCAGAUACAGGACAAGGUCAAGAACUAGAUCAAACUCUAGGUAUAGUUCAGAAACCCCAACACGUUCCAAGAAAAGGAAUGAAUUGAGAUCCCCUCGAAACUCAAAGCCUACAGAGGGUGGUAUUUCCAGAUUAGACAAGUCUGUCCUUAAAUCGAUUAAAGGUGAAGAAGCUAAAGUCCAACCUUCAGCAUCUUCAGAGAGAGUCUCUGCAUUGCCUAUGAGUGACAGUCCACCACCUUCUCGAUGGAAACCAGGCCUGAAACCCUGGAAACCUUCUUAUGUCCGCAUCCCAGACACUGAUGUAAAAUCAGCCCUGGCUUCCAAUGCACUAACAAGCUCAUCAUCAAAUGCACCUCUGGAGACAAUGUCCUCUUUAAAACAAGAUAAAUCUGUUAGUCAAAGGGAUCCCAGCAGUGGUAACAGUAACAUUCCUGAUAGGCUCUUGGAAAGAAGUUUGUCCAGGAGCAGGUCACAUAGUCAAUCAAGAAGCUGCAGCAAAUCACCAACUCACUAUGGCAAUAGAUCUUCCUCCUGCAGUAGGUCAGAAUCUUAUAGUUCAUACAAAGAAAGAUCCACUGACAAGAAGAGAAAACAUAGCAGUUCUCACAGAAAUGCUCAAAAGAGAGACAGCCAUGCAAAUCAUCAUGAUAGUGGCCACAAAGGUCUGUCUCCCUCCUCAGAGGAUGUAUCAGAUACUCCUUACAGUCCGUUACACCUGCAAAGUGACUCCUUGGUACAGAAAAACACACUUGAUUCUCUUUCAACCCUACGGGCCUUGGCAUUGAAGAGCAAAAACCGCAAUCGAAGGAAAGAACCAUUAAUGGACAAGAACAUUGCAUCUGGUUGGGAAAGUGAUGAGGAGAAUGCAAGUAAGACUAAUACUGCUACAGUACACAAUCAGCACCCUGUUAAGGAUGAAGGACUUAAUGAAAUAAAAAAGAGGCAGAUUUUGUCUCGUUGCUGGGAGUCUGAGAGUGACACUGAAAUGCCAGAUAAAACUGCUGUUGGUGAGGCCAAAUAUUUGUCUGAGAAAGAGGAGGGAGAGGCUAGUACAGAAUCAGAAUACGAAUACUCCUCAUGGUCAAACCUAGGUGCUGAAAUGACUAAGGAGUUAAAAGGUAAUAACGAGCACUCUGCAGACACAAAACCUUCAAAGCACAAGAACAAAAAAGCCAAACGGAAGCACAAACACAAGAGGAAGAAUUCUUCAAGGUCAGCAUCUCGCAAAUCCAAGGCCAAGAAAUCCAAGAAGCAUCUGAAGCCAAAAGAGACAUUUCAUUGGCAGCCUCCUUUAGAGUUUGGGGAUGAAGGUGAGGAGGAUGAUUCAGUCACUCAAACUAAGCAGUUACACACAGCAAGUACUGAUGCCAUCAAUGAUGGAACAAAACAAAAUUUGAAGGCUAGACAGAUCAAGCGACAAGUCUCUGAGAAUACAGAUCAGGAUCAAAGGAUUGUUGAAUCGCAGCAAGAUACGUUGUCAGUAGAGUCUUCUAAAGUUAUUGAUGAGAAUGAGAAGAUGCCUAAAAUCCAAAAAUCAAAGUUACACAACAAUACCAAAAGAGAUCUUGCUCAAAGCCACCCAGAGACCCUUUCCAAUCUUUCAGACACUAACCUGGCAAGUAACAAACCAUCAGACCCAAAUAAAGUUGAGCCACAUUCUCCAGAGAGCAUACCAGAAGCUCAGCAACCUGGGCCCAAAGCAACUGGCUUUUCCCCAUUAAAAAAUAUUCUAAAUAAUGACAGUGUGCUUGUUUCAUCUCAGAAAGAUAAAGUCAGCUCUGUUACAACUGGAUCAGCUUUACCACAAGACAGUCAGCAAGAGGAAACUGUACCUGGUGACAGUUCUGUCUCAGUGGUUGAAAAUAAAUGGAAACCUUUGACAGGCAUGACUGUUGUGCAAACCAUUACGAGAAAGCCUUUCAUUAUGAAAAUAAACAAACCGCAAGAUCAACUUGUAAGAAAGAACCAGGGUGUCAAAAUGGAGAUCAAGAGCAAGAGUAGAGUCCGUCCAGGAUCCCUUUUUGAUGAGGUACGAAAGACAGCUCGGCUAAAUCAGAGACCCAGAAAUCAAGACAGCUCAAGUGAAGAAGACUGCCUUCCAGCAGCAGGAGAAAAGCCUGAAGCCCAUAAUCACUCCCGGAGCAAGUCGAGGUCUGUGUCUAGUCACAGGUCCCAUCGCAGAAGUAGGUCCCAUUCAUAUAGCCACCCCAGGAGCAGGUCCAGAAGCUACACCUACUCUUCCAGGAGCUACAGUAGAAGUAGAAGCAGGAGUAGAUACAGUAAAGGACACUCUCGUUCUCGAAGUAGCACCUACCGAAGUUACCGUAGCCGCACACAUAGUAGGAGUCGCUCUAGGGGUCGGUAUAGAGGUCGUUACAGAUCAAGGUCUGACUCUUACGAUAGUUAUUCUAGCCACAGCCGCAGUCGUAGCAGAAGAAGAGGGCAUCGGAGAAGCAAAAGCUCUGAUCGCAGGUCCAGGUCAUAUCGCUCUUACAGUCGCAGUUCCUCUAGGCGGCGAAGUCAUAGUCGAAGCAGUCGAUACAGCUGAAUUUAAGGCGUAAUGAUUGGAUCAAUAGUUUAAUUUUUGUAGGCUAAUAUACACACUUUCAUGUACACUAUCACAUUUAGCUGUAUUUUUUUAUUUUUUGAAUGAAUGAACGAAUGUACAUAUGAAAACAAACUUAGUCACUGCUUUAUUCUGAUACACUUUUUCAGUAUUUCUAGCAAAGGAAGCAUAGAAACCAUCCAACUAUUAUAUAACAGUUAUAUAAGGUUAUAUAUAAACAGCUACUUACCUCAAUCCUUGUUUGGAAGGAUUGUAACACACAGCUCUGUUGGUUAACAUCAAUGGAAAAUGUUUGGUUUUGACUAAAUGUUUUAUGUUUAAUAGAUUGACUCUUGGUUUUUUAGCAUUUUUAUUUGUACAUAAAAAAAAUUCUGAAUGUAUCUAAUGCUGCUUCUUGAUAUACUUUUGAAUUAUAACAGACACACCUUGCCAACUGUAAAUAAAACUAUAUUUGUUUGUGAAAUGCUACGUGCUGUAUAAAGUUUUCAGUGAUAUAAGUUUUCAAAUGGCA